CUGGAGGCGCCGUGAUGCGGGGCGGGGUCUCGGCGCCUCCGCGGUUCUGGUGCCCAGGCCGGAGGGAUGUUCCCUGCUCAGGAGGAGGCCGACAGGACCGUGUUCGUGGGGAAUUUAGAGGCCCGAGUACGGGAGGAGAUUCUUUACGAGCUGUUCCUGCAGGCUGGGCCACUAACCAAAGUGACUCUAUGUAAAGACAGAGAUGGAAAGCCGAAGUCUUUUGGGUUUGUCUGCUUUAAGCAUCCAGAAUCUGUGUCUUACGCCAUAGCCUUGCUGAAUGGAAUUCGCCUGUAUGGAAGACCGAUUAAUGUGCAGUAUCGAUUUGGGAGUUCCCGAUCUUCUGAACCAGCUAACCAAAGUUUUGAGAGUUGUGUUAAGAUAAAUUCGCAUAGCCACAGGAAUGAAGAGAUGGUGGGCAGAUCUUCCUUUCCCAUGCAGUUUUUUCCAGUUAAUAAUACUGUUUUACCUCAAGAAUAUUUUUUCUUUCAGAAGAUGCAGUGGCAAGCUUAUAAUCCAAUGCUUCCGCUUCCUUACGAGAUGACAGGUUCACUUCCAAAUAGCUCAUCUGUGUCUUCCUCACUAAAUCAUGUUCCAGAUUUAGAGGCCGGACCCAGCUCUUAUGAGUGGACUCACCAGCAACCAAGUGACUCUGACCUUUAUCAAAUAAAUACACGAAAGAGGCAAAGGCAAACCAGCGACAGCGAUAGCAGUACAGAAAACAGCAGAGGAAAUGAAUACAACCCAAAGUUCCGAAGGUGUAAAAAGAAAAGAUAUUAGUAUUUCCUUCAAAGGAAACGUGUCUACCUUGGUCUUAAUUCUCUUAAAAGAAAGAAAAAAAAAUACCUGUUUUUACCAAAUGACCAAUUUCAGAAUUGUCUUUUUUGAAAUGUGUAGCAAUAUAACUUAACCUGAUUUGCUUUUCAGUUUUUGCCUUGAAUGACAAAAGCUUUUUAAAAAUAAUAUAAUGUGUUCCUUUUUGUCAUAUUUUUGACCCAUCGUCAACAUGAAAUACACUUGGUGUCAUUUUAGUACUAAUGAUGAAAUUUCACUACACUAUGAAUCAAAAGUCACUGAACGCUUAAAUGGUUAAGGCAACAUGCCCUCCCUAAAUUGUCACCUAAAACUCUCAAAUACGAAUAUGCCGGAAGUAGAAAUAGAACAGUGAUUUUCUGAAAGAAGCAAGUGCAAAUAUUUAAGUGUCGCAUGCUGUUCCUAAUGAUGUAAUAAACAAGCUUUCUUUUCCUUCA